AUGAGCGUUAGAAUUGUUAACUUUGAUACAAGCCAAAUCCCAUUAAACUUCUCUAUUCCAGGGGAUCCUGAAGUAUAUGAGAUCCUCUUUCUGGAUCUUAAUAGUAUCCAACAAAGUAUGAUGAAUAAGGCUAUUGCAUAUAGUAUUGGGUUGGCAUGUGCGAUAGUGUUCUCACUUGUUUUACUUCUUGUUCACAAGAACAAACGUUCUCCGACAUUUAUAUUAAAUCAGGCAUCAAUGAUAGUGUUCAUUAUUAGAUGUUCCUUAUAUUUGGCUUAUUUGAUGGGACCCUUUAUGGAUUACAAUUUUCAAUUGACAGGGCUUUUAAAUUCAAAAGACUACCCAAAGCAUAAGAUCACGAUUGCUGCUAAUGCUUUGUAUACCAUUCUCAUUACCCUUAUCGAGGCGACAUUUGUUUACCAAAUCUACUCCGUAUUCAUAUCACCAGAAAUAAAAAAGCUCGGAUUAAUAUUAACUGCAUUAAGUGCAGCUUUGGGUCUUACUGCGGUGGGCUGGUAUCUUUAUCUGACUAUUGCUUCGUCUCUCAGAUUUGAAAGUAGCUUGCGUGGUGAAGAGGCUCCAAUUUAUAUCUCCUCCAAACUCUCCAGUGUUCCGAUUAUCAUUUUCACCACUACCGUGAACGUAAUGUCCUUGGUUCUUAUAGCAAAGUUAGCCAUGGCUAUUAGAACAAGACGUUAUUUGGGUUUGAAACAAUUUGAUAGUCUCCACAUAGUGAUGAUUAUGAUGACUCAGACAUUCAUUGUUCCUUCUGUUCUCACUAUAAUCAAUAGUUCACUCGAAAAUACACUCGGAGAAGAAAACUUGCUUUACACUAUUAGUAUGAUUUUAAUCGUGUUAUCAUUACCUUUGACAUCUAUGUGGGCAAAUGCAGCCAAUAACAACCCCCAACCAUCUUCAGGGACACCUUUCCAAUUACGAACAAGAUCAAAUUCUCUAUAUUCAGAAACCGUGACACCAAAAAGCAAUACACAUAGGUUCAGCUUUUUUCCAGAGAAGUUAUUAAAGAAGAGAUCAGAAAGGGUCGAAGAUUCCUCCAAUAAUCCUCCACUUCCAUUAGCUACUGUGUUUCCAUCAGUUAUAGAGUCUAAUGCACUGAAUUCUCCCACCAUAGAUCACUUAGGAUCAAUAUUUUGUUCAGAUGACUUUUCUGAAAUUGAAGAAGGUAUUUUUACCUCUAAUCAAGAUGGAUCAGUGUCUAAAGGUCCUAGCAUUUCUAUAAAGACUUACUUAUAA